CGGUUUCCUUUCACAUCCUCUACUAUCCAAGGCGAGAGAAAAAUACCCGUCUCCCUCCGUCUCCGCCGUCGCCACCACCGGCGAUGGGAAGCGAGUGCCCCCAAACCACGUCGACAUUUAUAAGCCCGUUCCUCUCCCUCCUCUGCCUCCUCACAAUCCGCGCUUUCUGCUCCUUCCCUCCCUCGUCCUCCUCGCUCAUUACCAUUAAGCUUGUGCGGAGAGAUGAAGAACUCGGUGUCGGAGCGGAGCUUCCUCAUCGAGAGCGACGACGAGGACGCCGCCGCCGUUGAGGACGGGAAGCGCGGCGGCCAUGGCGGCGAGGAGUCGGGCGACGAUGACGGCUCCGGGUCGGACUCUUCGUCGCCGUGCGACAGCCCGCGGGUGGUCGCGGCGCGGUGCGGCCAGCCGAGUUCCUACACCCAGCAAUGGCCGCAGAGCUACAGGCAGUCUAUUGACAUGUACAGUAGCGUGCACUCGCCCAACCUGAGUUUCCUGGGUACUCCGUCACUGAGCCGUUUGUCCAACUCCUUCCUGACAAACUCAUUUCGAGGGAAGCCACCGGAGAUCAUCUCCAGCCUAAUCAAGCCUCUCCUGCCAGCGAGCACCACUCCUACCAGCGAUGACCACCAGCAGCAGCAACAAGAGGACAUCCGGAAGAGCUCCCAUUACCUUCCACCGUCAAGGAAGGCAUCAUCUCUGGAGAGGAUCCCUGAGGACCACAGGCCUAUGGUUGGGGAACAUGAGGUGGGUCCCUACCGGCAGUGCUCCUAUUUUCAAGGGGUCAUGAAUGGAGUGAAUGUCUUAUGUGGUGUGGGUAUCCUGUCAACACCUUAUGCUGUCAAGCAAGGUGGCUGGCUUGGACUAGUGAUACUGGCGGUGUUGGGUGCACUAGCAUGGUACACGGGCAUACUUCUGCGGCGUUGCCUGGACAGCAAGGAAGGCCUUGAGACCUACCCAGACAUCGGACAUGCCGCCUUUGGCACCGCUGGCCGUAUCAUCAUCUCGAUAAUCCUGUAUAUGGAACUAUAUGCAUGUUGCAUUGAGUAUUUGAUAUUAGAGAGCGACAACUUGUCAAACUUGUUCCCCAACGCACACCUGACCAUAGGUAGCUUGACUUUGGAUUCGCAUGUGCUAUUUGCCAUCCUGACUGCUCUUAUCGUCAUGCCUACCACUUGGCUUCGCGAUCUCAGCUGCCUCAGCUUCGUUUCAGCUGGUGGAGUCAUCGCAUCUAUCGUUAUUGUCUCCUGCCUGUUCUGGGUUGGACUUGUUGAUCACGUUGGUACAGUCAAGAGUGAAGGGACGGCACUGAACCUUCCUGGAAUCCCCAUUGCCAUUGGGUUGUAUGGGUACUGCUACUCUGGCCAUGGGGUGUUCCCUAACAUCUACUCUUCUCUGAAGAAACGCAACCAGUUCCCAGCUGUUCUUUUCACCUGCAUUGCCCUGUCUACUGUUCUGUUUGCUAGUGCUGCAAUCAUGGGAUACAUUAUGUUUGGUGAAUCUACGGAGUCCCAAUUCACUCUGAACUUACCCCCAAACCUUGUGGCUUCCAAGAUUGCUGUCUGGACUACGGUUACAAAUCCAAUAACUAAAUAUGCACUAACCAUGACUCCUCUAGCCCUGAGUUUGGAGGAAUUGCUACCUCCAAAUCAGCAGACAUACCCAAACAUAGUAAUGCUUAGAUCAGCGCUGGUGGUAUCUUCCCUUAUUGUUGCUCUAUCUGUUCCUUUUUUUGCCUUUUCAGGACUUGUCAUGUCCCUGGUGGGAUCCUUCCUCACCAUGUUUGUGGCCUAUAUUCUACCAUGUGCCUGCUUUUUGGCUAUCCUUAGGAGUAAAGUGACCUGGUAUCAGGUAGCACUGUGUGUGUUCAUCAUUGUUGUCGGACUCUGCUGUGCUAGUGUAGGCACAUACUCAUCUCUUUCUAAUAUAAUACAAAAGUACCAUUGAAUUUCGCACUAGAAUUAUCUGGUGUUCAUGUAUUUAAGUACUAGCUUUUGUGUGGGUUUGGUGUAAAAUUGUUAUUCCCAUUAAACAAGUUGGAGAAAAUGGAUACAGUUAAGCAGGUUGUACAACCGAAGGAGUAUGUUAUCUGAGGUGGUCCUGAUGGCAGGGUCUGGCAGGUGACCUACCUUCUUGUAUCAUUUUUGCUAGUAUUCUGAGGGCUAUAUUUUCAGUUGUGAGGUUUUCAUAUCAUCCUUCUUAGCAACGGAUCGGAGUGAUGAGUAUCUUCAAAUGUAAUUUGCUGAUUCUGUUUGGUACUGGAUGACAAUGUCUGGGGAGAUGAAACCAGAAGUCGGAGAUGUAA